AUGAGCGCAUCUUUGAAUUAUAAGUCUUUUUCCAAAGAGCAGCAGACCAUGGAUAACUUGGAGAAGCAACUCAUCUGUCCUAUCUGCUUAGAGAUGUUCACAAAGCCCGUGGUUAUUCUCCCCUGUCAGCAUAACCUGUGUAGGAAAUGUGCCAGUGAUAUUUUCCAGGCCUCUAACCCGUAUUUGCCCACAAGAGGAGGUACCACCGUGGCCUCAGGGGGCCGAUUUCGCUGCCCAUCCUGUAGACACGAAGUGGUUCUGGACAGACAUGGGAUAUAUGGCCUUCAGAGGAACCUGCUGGUGGAAAAUAUCAUUGACAUCUACAAGCAGGAGUCCACCAGACCAGAAAAGAAGUCUGACCAGCCCAUGUGUGAGGAGCAUGAAGAAGAACGCAUCAAUAUCUACUGUCUGAACUGUGAGGUGCCCACCUGCUCUCUGUGCAAGGUCUUCGGGGCACACAAGGAUUGCCAGGUGGCACCCCUAACACACGUGUUCCAGAGGCAGAAGUCUGAGCUCAGUGAUGGCAUCGCUGUCCUUGUGGGAAGCAAUGAUCGAGUCCAGGGAGUGAUCAGCCAGCUGGAAGACACCUGUAAAAUUAUUGAGGAAUGCUGCAGAAAACAGAAACAGGAACUUUGUGAGAAGUUUGAUUACUUGUAUGGCAUCCUGGAGGAGAGGAAAAAUGAAAUGACGCAAGUCAUUACCCGAACCCAAGAGGAGAAACUGGAACAUGUCCGCGCUCUUAUCAAAAAGUAUUCUGAUCAUUUGGAAAACGUGUCAAAGUUGGUUGAAUCAGGAAUCCAGUUCAUGGAUGAGCCAGAAAUGGCAGUGUUUCUGCAGAAUGCCAAAACCCUGUUACAAAAAAUUUCUGAAGCAUCGAAGGCAUUUCAGAUGGAGAAAAUAGAACAUGGUUAUGAGAACAUGAACCACUUCACAGUCAACCUCAACAGAGAAGAAAAAAUCAUCCGUGAAAUUGAUUUUUACAGAGAAGAUGAAGAUGAGGAAGAGGGAGAAGGAGAAGAAGAAGGGGAAGGGGAGGAAGUAGAAGUGGAAGAGGUAGAAAAUGUUCGAACAGAGUCAUCAGGAGAAGAUGAAAGUCCGGAGAAAGCCUUGGAGCCCUCUCAGCCGGCCUCAGAGCUCCAGGCUGCCCCAGGGGCACUUCCAGCUUCCUCUCCAGAGUCACCUCCAGCCCUGCCACCUGCUGCAGAUACCCCAGUGACACAGGGGGAGGUUGUCCCCACUGGCUCUCAGCAGACCACAGAGUCUGAAACUCCAGUCCCUGCAGCAACGGACACUGCGGAUCCCUUGUUUUACCCUAGUUGGUAUAAAGGCCGAACCCGGCAAGCCAGCACCAACCCACCUUCCACCCCAGGGAGCGAAGGUCUGGGACACAUAGGGCCUCCCGGUUCUGAGGACCCGAAUGUGCAGAAGGCAGAAGUGGCAGAAGCCGCAGCUGGUGAGAGGGCAGCAGUGAGUGGUAAGGAAACUAGUUCACCUGCAGCUACUUCUCAGAUUGGAUUUGAGGACCCUCUCCUCCAGGUACAGGCCGCAGCUUCAGGGAGUGGGAAUGGAGCUGAUUCUGAGCCAGCUCGUCAUGUCUUCUCCUUUUCCUGGUUGAACUCCCUGAAUGAAUGAUGUUCAUUCCAGCUGCUGCCCUUGGUCUGCCUGGCUGAGAUGCACACCAGCAGCAGGGAACCUAGAUGAAAUUAAUAUGAUGCAGGUGAUGAAAG